AGAAGGCUGAGAGAACUUGGGGUCACAGGGAAAGCGCCCCGGGCGGCACAGCUUCCCGGUACGACAGGGUGCUUUUGGGGGGUGAGUCGGCGGCCGCGAGGCCCCGGUGGAAGCCCCCUAGAGGAGGCCCGGCUGAGGGGAUGUGACGGCGGGGAGCAGAGCCGAUGAGCAGCUCUGUGGCGGGGCCCGACUGCUGCGGAGGCCUCGGCAAUGUUGACUUUAGGCAGGCAGACCUCUGCGUUAUGACCCGGCUGCUGGGCUACGUGGACCCCUCGGAUCCCUGCUUCGUGGCUGCCAUCCUCACCAUCGCUUUCAAUCCGCUCUUCUGGAAUGUGGUUGCGAGAUGGGAACAGAAAACCCGAAAGCUGAGCAGGGCCUUCCGAUCCCCCUACCUGGCCUGCUACUCCCUGGGCGCUGUCAUUUUGCUCCUGAACGUUCUGCGCUCCCACUGCUUCACACAGGCCAUGCUGAGCCAGCCCAAGAUGGAGAGCCUGGAUAACCCCACGGCCUACCGCAUGGGCCUCGCGCUCCUGGGAGUGGGCAGCACGUUUGUGCUCUCCAGCUUCUUUGCACUGGGCUUCACCGGGACCUUCCUAGGCGAUUACUUUGGGAUCCUCAAGGAGGCAAGGGUGACCACAUUCCCAUUCAACGUCCUGGACAACCCCAUGUACUGGGGCAGCACGGCCAAUUACCUGGGCUGGGCCGUCAUAUGCUGCAGCCCAGCCCCUGUGGAGCCUCGGGGAUCCGAGGGGACUAAAAAACGUGGGACCAGCUGGACAGCAGGUGCCCCCAGGCUCUUCCAGCAGGCACGCCAGCCCCACCGGCCUGCUGCUGACCGCGGUUGUGGCCCUCGUCUACAUGGUCGCCAUCCUGUACGAGGAGCCCUUCACCACACAGAUCUACCAGCAGCAAGCCUCCCCGUCCCACAAGAGGAGCUGACCGGGCCUUUGGCCAUGUCGCGGAGCGUCUGCCACCUCCGGCCUGCCCCGAGUGCCAAGCCCUACAGCGGGGAGACGGGCCCCAGCCGCCGCUCGGUGUUGGUGCCCGGCGAGGGCCACUCCAGUGCCUUGGAAACCUCUGCCUUGGGGGCCCUGGACAUGCUGUCGUCUGGCCACUGAGCCCCCCUGCCCUGCAGCCCCCAGUACAUCCUAACUCACCAAUAAAGGCACCCUGACGCCAGCAUCCUCUCUGGCUCUCUGU